CCUUGUUAGGAUCUUGAAUCCCGGCAGAUCUGGAUUGGAGGGAGGAGGACAAAGAAAGGCGACGGCGGCGGUAGUUGGGGAGUUCGUUAGGCGGAAAUGCGUACAGCGCCAUUGCAUCUCUGCCUGCAGCUUCCAUCUUCCAUGAUGAUGAUAUGCAUCUCCGGCCAUUCAUCUCUCGGAGAUUCUCAACUUUGAAGCAAACCGAUUUCCCGUCGAAUCUCAACUCCGAUGUAAGAGAAUUGGUUCAAAAAGGCCGUCUUUUUGAAGCUCUGCAAUGCUAUUCCAGAGAGCCUUCCUCAGCUUCCAGACUCGCCUUCCCGGCUAUCCUCAAAGCAUGCGCUUCCCUGCUCAGCCUCGGCACCGGAAGAACCGUCCACGCCAGGGCAUUCGCGAUGGGUUUUCAGUCCGACCCUUAUAUAGCCACUUCUCUUGUCAACAUGUAUGUGAAAUGCGGGUCAAUCCGCGAUGCAGAGCAGGUGUUUGAUAAUAUUCCCAAGUCGGGAGCUUUGAGCCAAGACGUGACUUUGUGGAACGCCAUGAUUGAUGGGUACUUCAAGAAUGGGUUUCGAGGGGAGUGUUUGGCUCAGUUUCGCCAAAUGCAGGCUUUGGGGAUCAAUCCUGACGGAUAUACUCUCAGUAUCCUUCUUGGAGUAUCGUCUCGGUUUUCCACGGGGAAGGAAAUUCACGGAUAUGCAAUUCGGAGUUCGUUUGAGGGAGACCCUUUCAUAGUCACAGCACUGAUUGAUAUGUACGCCAAUUGUGGCAGAGCUGUAUAUGCUUGGCGGUUGUUUGAAAGCCAAGAAGGUAAGAACAAGAACAAUGUUGUUAUAUGGAAUGCAAUGAUGAACGGGUUUUGUAAAACUGGGUUUUGGAGCAGGAGCUUGGAAUUAUAUUCCUUGUUGAGGGAAAGAAAUCAAAGAAUCAUGCCAAGUAUGUACUGCAUUGCAUUAACAGCCUGUUGUGAUGGUGAAGAUUUUGAAAUGGGCAGGCAGGUCCAUACCAAUAUUGUCAAGAUGGGGGUUGACUAUGAUCAAUAUGUGCAUAGCUCUCUAUUAACCAUGUAUGCGAAGUGUGGAUCGGUUGGGGAUGCAGAGAAAGUUUUCAAUGAUGUAGUCGUAAAGGGGAUUGAAACGUGGAAUGCUAUGGUUUCUGCAUAUGUAGGUAACGGGUGGGUUAAUGAGUCUUUUAUCACUUACAACCAAAUGAAAGCAAAGUCAGUUUCUCCGGAUUCGUUCACGAUAUCAAACAUUUUAACCUCGUGUGGUAUUGGUGGGUUUCAUGAUUUUGGCACAUCAAUUCAUGCCGAAUUGAUCAAAAGACCGGUGCAGACUAAACUUGAAGUCCAAAGUGCACUGAUGACCAUGUACUUAAGAUGUUGUAAAGUGGAGGAUGCCAUUAAGGUUUUCAUUAGAAUGGAAGAAAAGGAUGUGGUUGCCUGGGGUUCCAUGAUGUCUGGUUUUUACCAAAAUAAAAAGUAUAAAGAGUCAGUUGGUUUAUAUAAACAAAUGCUGAACUCUGAAGUGAAGCCAGACUCAAAUAUGCUGUCAAUUGCUAUAAAUGCCAGUGUGGGAAUAGAGAGUAUAGAAUUAGGUAGCUCUUUCUUUGGGGUCGCCAUCAAGCACGGGCUGGAAUCCGAUGCUUUUGUGGGUAGUUCUUUGAUGGAUCUUUAUUCCAAAUCGGGUCAACCUGAAAUGGCCAAAACCAUAUUUUUUGGAAUUUCCAACAAGAACUUGGUGGUUUGGAACUCCUUGAUUUCGUGUUAUUCGCGAAACAGCCACCCAGAUGCAUCUGUCCGUGUUCUUCCCCAAAUUGUUCAGUACGGGUUAAUCCCAGAUGUGAUUUCGGUUACUAAUGCACUCGUUGCAGUCUCAUCAUUAGCAGUGUUACUCAAAGGAAAGGCUCUCCAUGGUUACCUAAUUAGAUAUCAGAUUCCAGUAGACAAUCAAGUGGAGACUUCAUUGAUUGAUAUGUACAUCAAAAGUGGAUGCUUGAAGUAUGCAGAGCAUAUAUUUAAUAGUAAUAACACGUCGAAAAGAAACUCGAUCACGUGGAACUCAAUGAUUUCCGGUUAUGGGUCCCACGGCGAAUGCUUCAAAGCUAUAAGCUUGUUCAAAGAAAUGAGAAGAUCAAGAAUCACACCAGAUGAUGUAACCUUCCUUUCCUUAAUCUCUGCUUGCAACCAUUCCGGGCUGGUCGAAGAAGGUUUGGAACUGUUUCAGUUAAUGAGAGAGUAUAGAGUUGAACCACAAACUGAUCAUUAUGUGAAUAUUGUCGACAUGCUGGGUCGCACCGGACGGUUGGUUGAGGCCCACAGGUUCAUACAGAAAAUGCCCGAGGAACCCGACCCGAGCCUAUGGCUUUGUUUGUUAUCUGCUUGUCGAGUCCAUCGCAGCUUUGAGCUUGGGGAGUUGGCUGCCCAGAACCUGCUGAAGAUUGAAGCAGGAAGGGGUAGCAAUUACGUCCAAGUGUUGAAUCUGUAUGUGGAAGGUGGGAUGAGAGAGAAGGCGGCGAGUUUGAGGGCCGAGAUGAAGCAGAAAGGGUUGAAGAAGACCGGCGGGUGCAGUUGGAUUGAGGUGAAAGAUAGGACUGAGAUUUUCUUCUCAGGUGAUUCCUCAUCCCAUAGGACAGUUGAGGUCUAUCAAACUCUUUACAGUCUCAUAAGUGUUAUGAAAAUGGAGGGAAAAGGUGAUUACCAUGAAAGUUGCUGACACAAUGUGAUGGUCUGUUUAAUUUGAUGAGUGUUCCAUUCUUUUUUUUAAAAUUGUAUUUUGUGUUUAGUUCACUGUUCUCACUUAUACACAAUUCCAAAUAAUCACGUAUAUUAACUUCAUAUUUCUCAAUUGUUCAAUCUGGUCAUUAGUGACUUGGGAAGGAAACUACCAUGAAAAAAGUUACCAAAUUCUAACAAAAUCAGGUAAGAGAU